GACAUUUAAUGAUUGGCGAAAACAGAGACUCAAUAUCUCUUCUCAGAUGAGUUUGUUUCAGCUCUAGCUACUAGCAGGAAGCAGAGAAACAAAUCACUCCGCGGAUUUUUUCGUUUUCCAAAUAUUUUUUUUUAAUCUUUUUUAAUUGUUUUUAUAAGAACUUUUACUAUGCAUUGAGUGUUGUGGAAUUAAUAUCCCUUCAAUCAUCAUGGAUGGUCCAAGGUGGAUCAUCAUCUUAAUUUUUGUCAACUAUUUAAAUUCAGUAUCUCUACAACCUAAAGUAGUUUAUAAACCAACGGAGUACCAAUACUCAAGAUGUUUUGAACAUGGUACGAACCGAGUAACGUGUGAAAAACUAAAUUUCAGUAAAGAAAGGCAAGAAAAACAAAGCGUGUGGCCGCCAGGGCCGUACUCAUUACCACCGACCAUAUAUGGCUGCCCAGAGUCAGAGUCUCGGGGAUGGUUUAAAAGCAAUGUUAACAUAGGAAAGGUAGUGUUCCCUUUUUGUGUGAAGUAUAGAAAUGAUAGCACUCUUGACCAAGGACAAUGGAUUCCAGGAACUUACAGCAUUUUUAAAGCUGGGCCAUCAUGUCCUACAGGAUUCGAAGAGUCGAGCAUGUCUUCCUCUUAUGAAUUUAUACUGGAUGGUCAAGUUCCUAAUAUUGUAGUAAUAGAAGACGGUUUGUGUGUUAAAAUAUGAAUUAUUUUUUGAUUCGGGUCUUCUCUUAAGUAUUGUCAAAUAAAAAACAGCUAUAGUAAAGGUGCUGAAAGUG